AUACGGUAGCUAGUACACGUGGUUUGUGAAUGUGCUGUUCGAACUUUAAAUAUUAAUUGAAAUGAAUGUUAAUAAAAAUAUGAUGCCAUAUAUGUAGUAUUAAGAUACGUAAAGGAAAAUUAUCUCGAUAUUCUUAAUGAAUGUUUGGAAUUUGGUAAUUAAGUAGUUUAAAGAAAACAAAAUGGACAACGAAAAAGAUGAAAGAUUUUCUAAUAUUUGGAAAGAUCCGCGGUUCAAACCGGUGUCGAAAAAAGACAGGAAGAUUCAGAUCGACAAAAGGUUUCAAUCCAUGUUUACAGAUGAUAAUUUCAAAACGAAAUUUGUCGAUAAGAGAGGACGAUCGAUUCAGGAAACUUCUACUGAAAAUUUGAAGAAGUUUUACGAAUUAACUAGUAGCAGCGAAGAUGAGAAAGAAAAAGUACAAACAGAUGAAGAAGAAACUGAUGAAGAAUUAGAUAAAUCCAGACAAAUUCAGGUUCCUUCUUUUGAAGGAGCAGAAUCUGGUAGCACUACUUCUGAAGAAAGUGAUUUAGAAGUUGAUGAUGAUGAAUUUGAUCACAAAUGGGGAGAAUUACAUAAUGAUGCACCUGAGAUUGAAAAACCAACUAAAAGAAUUGCUGUCUGCAAUAUGAAUUGGGAUCGAAUAAAAGCAGAAGAUAUUUUAGUACUUCUGAAUUCAUUUAAACCUCCAGAUGGAGCUAUUCAAUCUGUAAAAAUUUAUCCAUCUGAAUAUGGAAUGCAAAGAAUGAAGGAGGAAGAGAUAAAUGGCCCAAAAGAAUUGGUAGAAAAAGUCUUGCAGAGUGAUGAAGAGGAUGAAACAGUGACAGAAGAGGGUGCAGCGUAUCACAGGGAGAAACUGAGACAAUAUCAGAUUAGUCGGUUAAAGUAUUACUUUGCUAUUGUAGAUUGUGAUACACCUGCAACAGCUUCUGUGAUUUAUAAAGAAUUGGAUGGGAUGGAGUAUGAAAGUAGUGCAGUCACUUUAGAUUUACGAUUUGUACCGGACGACAUGACUUUUGAACAGGAACCAUCAAGUAUGGCAACAUCACUCCCUGACAUGUCUAAUUACAAACCAUCUCUAUUCACAACAACCGCAUUACAACAAAUACAAGUACGAUUGACGUGGGAUGAAACUGAUCCCCAACGUCUUCGAGCCAUGCGAAGUGCAUUUGAAAAAGGAAAAGAAGCAGAUUCACAGAAUGUUGAUUUAUCUGCCUUUCUAGCUUCAUCAUCUUCCUCAUCUUCCUCAUCCGAUGAAGAUGAAGCUAUUGAAGAAAACAUUUCAAAAAUUGAUGAAAUAAAUGAAAACUCUUCAAAAAAGACUAGAGUUGAAAAGUAUAAAGAACUUCUGCAAAAUUUGGGAAAUGAAGGAGAUAAAGAAGAUAAAGACAUGGAAUUGGAAAUCACUUGGGAACCUGGUCUACAAAAAAGUGCUAAGGAAUUAGUUAAAGCAAAGCAAAAAACUGAAGAAAUGACUCCUUGGGAGCAAUAUUUACAGAAACGAAAAGAAAAGAAAAAGAAAAAACAAAAGGAAGAAUUAUCAGUAUCAAAUCAAGAUUCUGAUAAUUCAGAAGAUAGCAAUGUUGAAGAUGGAAAUAAUUUUAAUAGAGAAGGUUUGUCUGAUGGCAGAGAGACAGAUGACAAAGAAACAGAAAUGUUGAAACUAUUAACUGCUGACAGAGAUGUAGUGGAGAAUGAAGAAUCAAUAAAAACAAAAAAUAAGAAGAAGAAAAAGUUAAAGAAAAAGAAAGGACAAAAAUUAGGGAAUACAAAAGAACUAGAAAAUUUUCAGGUUGAUGUGAAUGAUCAAAGAUUUUCUGCUCUGUACACUUCUCACUUUUAUAACAUUGAACCAGCCAAUCCCCAUUUUAGAGAAACUGAAGGAAUGAAGGCAAUUUUGGAAGAAAGAAAAAGGCGUAGGGAAAAAUAUGUUGAAGAUAAAGAAACUAAGAUUCCGGCUAAAUCAAACUUAUCCAGGGAGACAGAGAAUUUGGUAUCGUCGAUUAAACAAAAUGCUUUAUUUAACAAGAGAAAGAGAAAGUAAUGUAUUUUUUUGUAUUAAUAAAUUUUAUUUAAACAAAACUUAACACACAAACAUGUUCAUAGCAACAGAAUUUAAGAAUAGGUGAAUUUCCAGAUUGC